ACCCUACGGUGUCGAUUAUUUUCAAAUAACUAGAGCGAGUAACUCGGUAUCUUUCUUCACUGUAAAUUAGUCCUUUAUGGCUUUAUCCAAUGCCUGUGAAUGCGAUUUCACGUUGAACUUGGCAGCCUGAAAAAAUGGUACUGGCAAUCCCACCAAAUCAUCGUCCUCCUCCUCAUCGUCAUCGUCAUCUCCCUGUUACAUUCAACACCAGUAAUGGAGACUCUCUGUCCCCCCGCCACCACAGCCGUCUUCUCCACUUGUUGAAUGAAUGUACGUCCAUGUCUCAGCUGAAACAAAUACACGCUCACACCCUCCGCACCACAUCCACCACAAACCCACACACCCUCUUCCUCCACAGUCGAAUCCUCCACUUCUCAUCCUUAACCGAUAUCCGCUACGCCUUUCGGGUUUUCACUCAGAUUGAGAAUCCCAACUCUUUCACGUGGAACACCCUCAUCAGGGGUUGCGCUCGAAGCUUCGAGCUCGAAAAUCAGGCUAUACUAGUCUACUGUCAAAUGUUAUCACAAGGUGUUGCUAUUCCGGAUGAGUAUACCUUCCCCUUUGUUCUCAGAGCUUGUGCUUUCCUGUUUGCCCUAUCGGAAGGAAAACAAGCGCAUGCUCAUGUUGUCAAGCUUGGGUUUGGUUCAGACGUUUAUAUCGGCAAUAGUCUGAUUCAUCUGUAUGCUUCUUGUGGGUGUUUGGAUUACGCACAGAAGGUGUUUGAGAAAAUGCGUGAGAGAAGCCUUGUGUCGUGGAAUGUUAUGAUUGAUUCUUUGGUUGGGGCUGGCGAGUUUGAGAGUUCGGUUAAAGUGUUUGGUCAGAUGCAGAGGCUGUUUGAGCCUGAUGGGUAUACAAUGCAGAGUGUUAUAAAUGCUUGUGCUGGUUUGGGGGCUUUGGAUUUGGGAAUGUGGGCUCAUGCUUAUGUGUUGAGGAAGUGUGGUAAUCCUGUAGCCAGCAAUGUUUUGGUGAACUCUUCGUUGGUUGAUAUGUAUUGCAAAUGUGGGUCCUUGGAUAUGGCUCUCCAAGUGUUCGAGGGAAUGCCGAAACGUGAUGUGAUUACAUGGAAUUAUAUGAUUCUGGGAUUUGCCAUGCACGGAAAAGCUGAGGCAGCCUUAAAGUGGUUUGAUCGUAUGGUUAAUAUGGAGAGUUGUAAGCCGAAUUCCAUCACAUUCGUUGGUGUUUUGAGUGCAUGCAAUCACAGAGGCAUGGUUAGCGAAGGCCGUAAGUUCUUUGAUAUGAUGGUAAAAGAGUACGAGAUUGAACCACGAUUAGAGCACUAUGGGUGCCUAGUUGAUCUUCUUGCACGUGCUGGUUUCAUUGACGAAGCUUUGAAUUUGGUGACAACAAUGCCCGUGAAGCCUGAUGCCGUAAUAUGGAGGAGUCUUCUUGAUGCUUGCAGUAGGCAACAGCAUGCCAGUAUUGAGCUAAGUGAAGAAGUGGCCAGGCAGAUCCUUGAGUCUGGAGGAGAUGAUGUUUCUAGUGGUGUUUAUGUGCUAUUGUCAAGAGUCUAUGCUUCAGCUAGCCGCUGGAACGACGUCGGAUCAAUUCGGAGAUUGAUGACAGAGGAAGGUCUUGGAUGCGAUGAAGGAAAGACUCAAAUAGGGUACUCACCUGAGUAUUCACAGGCACCCAUGGUUGAUCAGAAGAGUGAUGGAAAACAGCGAGACACUAGGCAUUGCCUUUGUGCUCCACAUGUACUUUCCAGAAUCUUAAUGCAGUGACCGCCACAAAUUGACCAAAUGGAUCUCAAAGAUGUUUACUGUGGAGUUUACAAUGGUAAACAUGCUUGAUUCCAUCACUUUAAAGAUGGCAUCUGCUCCUGUAUGGAUUAUUGUCUUCCACCUUGAACCUGUGAACUCCAGUGAACAGAAUGCUUGAGAUCGCUUCGAGAGAUUUAGUGGACUGAGAGGCCUGCUUGGGGUGACUUAAUUGGUAAUGUAUGUAGGCAGAGGUUAUUGUUUUAGUAUUACGCUGUAUGAGCAGCUGCUUCUCAAUGUCUUCGAUAUGUUGGAUGAAUGAAAGCUAACUAAGCUUUUUGGAGUUGGGUUUAUGAAUCUAUGAGGAACUGUAGACCCUUUGCAAAACAACUGGAAGCUAUUAGCUGUGACUAUUUGGAUCCCAAUGCUGGUUCUUUAGCAUUGCUAUUUGGAUGAAUCUGGACUCAGUAUCACCUAUUGCCCAGGAAUGCUAUUGCAACAACACCAUUCUACUCCGAAAGUAGUCAGACUUUGAUUGCAUUGCACCUGAUGGCAGUGCAAACUGCGAAGUGAUGGUUGUUGGGUAAUGGCAGCGUGCUAGUGGUAUAGUACUAUCCAAGUGUGUGAGCACAGUGGAUAAAAAAUAGUAGUAGAUUCAAUAAAAACUGAUGCCGCUGAGACUUGAAAGAAACAACUUGUUGAAAAGUAUAAACAACACGAGUAAACAUUUUUUUUUUAGGGACUACUACUUGGUCACUUUAGCUUGGGAAACUAAUACAAUCUUUUCAUGUGAUUAGGGAUCUGGCAGGGCUUGAAGCCUCUUGGAGCAAAGGCGAAGGAAGAAUGCUGCAAAAGACCACAAUACAUCCAUACCGUAGGUCUGACAUCACUGGGUAGCAAAUUCAAUUGGUUGUACCGCGGCGUAGAACUGUAGAAGCAGCACAAUUUUUAUCUUGUACUUAACAUGGGGUUUUUCCUUGAGCUGUAAACUUUUUGGAAAGGAAAAGCAAAACACCAAAACAAAAGCUUAUUAGUGGUUAUAUGGUUGUGUGGAUUUGGAUGUC